CGCGCAGGCGAUGCGAGCGGUGUAGUCAGCCUGUAACGUUCCUGCAGCGAACAGAGGUCAGUGAGUCACUCUUGACUGUUGGCAUAUUUUCUUUCAACACGGCUUGUGCGUUAAUCUGUUAGCUAGCAGAGAUUGGCUGUGGUGAAGUGGUAAUGGAGGUUGACUUGAAACUACGGUAGACGGCUAACGUUACAGGCUGACUAYACCGCUCGCAUCACUCCCAACCCCUGGAACAGAGUCGUUUUGACACAGAAACAGCUCAGCAAGAUCAGCUCAUCUUGGGUCAAACUGCAGUUCUUCAUGGUUGUCUCCAGGACUUUCAGUCCCUUUUUGACCAAGUACCAGAUUGACGAGCCAGUGAUGCCACUCCACUGCAAAGAGUUGAUAAUGUCUGAGGCGUUCUGUCAAGAGGGAGCUCCUCCAGGACAUUGCAGAUGAUCAGACUGGGUGUCUCUGACAAAUAAUUGGGCCAGCCCCGAAGGAAGUUGGCACCCAAGCUUAUGUCGAGUCAGUCCUCAAGGUAAUGUGAGAAUUUAAAGUAUUACUUUCUAUCAAAUUAUGGUGAGGAUAGUUUUCUAUUGUAUUAAGUCAUUCAGCACUAUUUACGGCCCACUGUCCCUGCUGAGAAAAAACAGUGUAAGGAGAGUUUAGGAGGGACUGCAUGAAGGCUGUCAAACAUCCAAAAGAAAGUGCAGGACAAGAGCCCCCUGGAAUACCCCACCAUAAGACGGCUGGUGUGUUUGGACCGCACUGUCAUAUACUCCGACCCAGACUGGUGUCAGGAAAGGAUGAGCAGUCUUGUGCAUAAGUUUCUGCUCGACAAGCAGUUGUCAGGAGGUGUCUCUGCUGGUAAUGUGGGAACUUCCUAUCCCUUGAGGCCAAAAGUAAGCACUUCCUCUCUUUCCGGCCCACAGAGACGAGGCUGGAUGUGUUCCUGUAUGGCUUCCUCAGCCAAAUCGUACCCUGAGCUUUGGGGUUUCUGUAAGAAGCUUCUUCUGUCCCAUGGAGCACCUUCUACUCGAGAGACUAGUUUUAUUGAGAAGAUGAAGAAAACAGGUAGGAACAUUGUGGUAUUCUACGGCUCUCAGACAGGCACGGGCGAGGAGUUUGCCAACCGGCUGUCCAAAGACGCCCAGCGCUACGGUAUGAAGGGUAUGGCUGCCGACCCCGAGGAAUACGACAUGUGUGAGCUGUCCCGUCUGGCUGAGAUUGACAACUCCCUGGCCAUCUUCUGCAUGGCCACUUACGGUGAGGGAGACCCCACAGACAACGCCCAGGACUUCUAUGACUGGCUGCAGGAGAGUGACGGGGAACUGAAUGGAGUCAACUACACAGUGUUUGCGUUGGGUAACAAGACAUAUGAACACUACAAUGCCAUGGGAGCGUAUGUGGACAAGAGGCUGGAGGAGCUGGGAGCCAAGAGGGUCUUCGACCUGGGCAUGGGAGACGACGACGGCAACCUGGAGGAGGACUUUGUGACAUGGAGGGAGCAGUUCUGGCCAGCCAUGUGCGAGCACUUUGGAGUGGAGGCUUCAGGAGAGGACUCCAGCAUUCGUCAGUACGAGCUCAAGGAGCACAAUGACAUCAACAUGAACAAGGUGUACACAGGAGAGUUGGGGAGUCUGAAGAGCUUUGAGACCCAGAAACCGCCUUUUGAUGCAAAAAACCCCUUCCUGGCUCCAGUCAUUGUUAACCGCAAGCUCAACAAAGCAGGCAACAGGCAUCUCAUGCACCUUGAAGUCGACAUUACAGGCUCCAAGAUUAGAUAUGAGUCGGGAGACCACGUUGCCGUAUAUCCCACCAAUGACACGGCGAUCGUGAACAAGCUGGGACAGAUCCUUGGCGUGGACCUUGAUACGGUUAUUUCUCUCAAUAACCUUGACGAGGAGUCCAAUAAGAAGCACCCAUUCCCUUGCCCCACCACCUACCGUACGGCUCUGACCCACUACCUGGACAUCAUCCAUCCGCCUCGCACCAACGUCCUGUACGAGCUGGCCCAGUACGCCACCGACCCCAAGGACCAGGAGAACAUGCACAAGAUGGCCUCGUCUGCUCCCGAGGGCAAGGCUUUGUACCAGAGAUUUGUGCUGGAAGACAACAGGAACAUCCUGGCCAUCCUGGAGGAUCUGCCAUCCUUGCGGCCUCCCAUCGACCACUUGUGUGAGCUCAUGCCCCGCCUGCAGGCCCGCUACUACUCCAUUGCCUCCUCCUCCAAAGUCCACCCCAAUAGCAUCCACAUCUGUGCUGUGCUAGUGGAGUACACGACUAAAACGGGGCGCCUCACCAAGGGAGUGGCCACCACUUGGCUAAAGAACAAACUGGUUGCGGACAACGGCCGCAAGUCCACAGUCCCCAUGUACAUCCGCAAGUCUCAGUUCCGCCUGCCCUUCAAGGCCAGCAACCCAGUCAUCAUGGUCGGUCCUGGGACCGGCAUCGCUCCCUUCAUGGGCUUCAUCCAGGAGCGAGGGUGGCUGAAACAGCAAGGCAAGGAGGUGGGGGAGACGGUCUUGUACUUUGGCUGCAGGCACAAGAACGAGGACUAUCUGUACCAGGAGGAGUUGGAGGAGGCUGAGAGAACGGGUGUCAUCACGAAGCUCAACAUCGCUUUCUCUCGGGACCAGGAGCAAAAGGUAUACGUGCAGCAUCUCCUGAGGACCAACAAGGAGGACCUGUGGAGGCAGAUCCACACAGACAACGCACACAUAUACAUCUGCGGGGAUGCGCGGAACAUGGCCAGGGAUGUGCAGACAGCUUUCUAUGAGAUAGCAGAGGAGCUGGGCGGCAUGACACGCACUCAGGCCACCGACUACAUCAAGAAACUGAUGACCAAGGGACGGUACUCGCAGGACGUCUGGAGCUAAAACCCCUAGGAUCCAACCACAUCCUUUAUUUGUGCCAGUUUGUGUCAGUAAUGGUUAUAAUGGGUCACCAACCCUGGUACUGGAGAGCUACCGGGUGUGCCGGCUUUUGUUUUCCGCCAARCACUAAAACGUCUGAUUCUAUUGAUUGGCUUAUCAUCAUGACCUUGAUUAGUUCAGAUGGGUGUGUUUGUGCCGUGCUGGAAUAAAAGCCUACACACCCUGUAGCUCUCCGGGACCAAGAUUUGUGACCACCGGGGAAGGAUAUCGCUGCCGUCAUCUCUGGUUGUUUUAUUUCCAUGGAGCAACACAAGCCUUCAUGCACCACAAUAAUGGUUGGUUAUCCUCCAUUCUGAUUUGAUAUUUCAUGUCAGUCGGCCAUCAGUUUGGCAGUGUCAAAUGUAGUAUCACAUUUGUCGACAUCGUGAGUGAGAUGAUAUAUUGUAGCUGUACAUAAUUGUACGGUGCAAAGUGGGGGGGGUGGGCUUAAAUACAAAACUCAUACGGUGCAAGUCUUUUCUUUAGGAAGUUGACCUAAUCUGGGUAUUCAGAAUGCAUUAUAAAUAUUUUGAUUUGUGAAAUAAAAAGUGAGAUCUUUUUGUCUCUGAAAUCA